CUAAGUUGUACAGCACAGUGCGCGCCUUCUCGGUGUUCCCUUCCUCGCAGAGAGUUUCUGGCAACGUCGCGGCGCGGCGCAGCAACAAGCACAAAGUCUUCUUUGGCUCGCACCGGAGUGGUAGGGCAGUAUGGUGCUUUGCGUUCUUCGAUAGAAGUGGAAUGAUACUGACACAAUGUAUUGGGAUACGCAUACGUGAUUCUUGAUGCAGCCAGUGCGAAUUUGAAAUGACAAGCUGAUGUCUGCGGAAAUGAAACCCCAAAUGAAAUAACAGAAGCAGAGGGGAGGCAGCUAGACCACAAAGCUAAAGCAAGACGAGCGCCCGAGGAGAAGUUGAGGCCGGGGAGAACGGGUCAGAGACCAGGUAUAUUGUUUUGCGACGUUCUACAGUACUUCUAUGCUCGACUUCGAUGUGAUAGCGCAAUACUUACAUGACAUGCAUAAAGUAUACUUGAAAUUGGUGCAGCUGUUGUGGGUAGCAGUCUGAGGAUGCCGAUCAUAGGUCGCAUUUACUGAAAAAAUUUACGACAGGGUACGUGAAACACUACACCCACACUCGUCCGCAAACACUACACCCGCACGAGUUGUUAAGCCAGGAAAAGACAGGUAUACUCCUCUUUUCAUGCCACGUGGUGGCGGUACACUGCGUGCUGUGAUGCGUAGUUUCAUAUACUUUUGUGGACGAAGUCAUGAUCAUGUAUUGCUGGCAUGUUCGGGAGCAUUUUGGUACGGAGGAAGAGGAACAAAUUAUACGUGACGAAACCUGUCGCAGGUACUUAGAUACAAUGGCCGACGAGGAACGGGAGCGGAGAAUGCUGUUCGUGUCCACAGAGACAGUCAGCUUCAACUUCGAAAAGGAGAGUUACGAGUUCAGCCGUUUUCCAUUCCCGUUUUUGAUAUCGGACGUGG